CGCGACGCCGAUCCGCAUGCCUCCUCUCCCGCGCCGCCGCGCCGCGCGCGCGCGCGUCCGCGCGCGCGCCCGCGCGUCCGCGCGCGCGUUCGUCCUCGCUCUGCUGUCGCGCGCGCGCCCGAGCGCGUCGUCGGCGCGAACGUCCAAGAUCGGUGCCCUGCGCGAGUGCGUCGACGCGUCUCGCUCGCAGCGGCGCCUGUGCGGCGCGUCCGCCGCCGUGGUGCUCGGUCAGAACGUCUACGUCGCGUCGUCGCGCGCGGACGCGGUGACGGUGAUCGACGCGAGCGAUCCCGAGGCGAUGCGGGUCGCCGGGAGCGCGGCGAGCUUCGGCGGCAUGCGACGACCGACGGAUUUGCACCUGCACGCGUCGCAGAGCUACGUCGCGGUGCUCGCGACCGGUGACGUGCAGACGAAAAAGUCGAGCGUCGUCGUCGUGGACGUGAGCGCGUCGAGGUGGUCGGCGGACGGGACGACGAUUACGCCGACGAUGGCGGCGAGCGGACACAACUGCACGGCGACGGAGAAGGGAGGACGGACGUUUUACGACGGAUACCUGUGCGGCGCGACGGCUUUCGCGAUCGUGGGUAAUUUGGCGUACGUCGCGUGCGGAGACACGAAUCGGUUGACGGUGAUGUCGCUGCCGAGCGACGUCAGCAAGACGGCGCUCGAACCGGUGGCGGUGGUGGGGACGAUUCAGAGCGAGGAGUUGACGAACGCGGAAGCCAUCAUGGUGGCGAAUAAUAAGGCGUACGUGCGAUCGGAUGGUGUUUGUGGGUCGUGCGUGGCCGUGGUGGACGUCACGAGCGCGUCUUCGAUGUCGAUGUUGGCCACGAAGGACAUUUCUGAGAUUUCAUCCGACGUCCCGACGUGGCGAUGGUCGACGGGAUAUUUAGCGCGCGGCGCGCACAGAGACAACGCGUCGUACCCGUACGAUUGGGUAGUAGAUCCCGUGAGUUCGAGCGUGACGAGCGUGGCGAGGGAAUGCGUGAAUGUGGCGCUCGCAAUAGGCGAUACGCCCGCGGCGUGCGUCGGACGGAACGAAUUCGCUUACGACGCCGACGCCGAGACGAGCGCGUUCAAUUUCGACUUGUUGACGUCUUAGGUACCGAUAGCUAUAGCUAUAGAUUUUGUAGAUUUUGUUACAGAACGAUU